GGAUAGUCCAAGCAACACGAAAAAGGACGCACUCACACAAGCGUUCAAAGAUAUGGUAAAAGUUGUCAACCAGGUCCUCAACAGCGAUACGGCUACAUACAAUGCUAUUUUUGACAAGUACUUUCUGCCCGAACAUUAAGACUCCGUCAAAGCAGUAUUCCAAAAUAUGGUUGCAUCAGUCACCAAUGACCCCUCAACAGGCGCUGAUAUAUUAUCUACUAUCGAUAUUGAUCCAGAAGACUAUCUUCCGACCAUGAUAAAACAAUGCAGCGGAUUGAACUCAAACAAGAGACCUCUUGCAUAUACCAACAAUCCGAUCGAUGAGCCACAAACACGAAUACACUUCUGCGAUAUCACUGCCCUGAAUGCUUAUGCAUACCCAAAGCUCGACGAUAUAAAUUGCGGCACAAUAGAUCUAUUUGUAUUGUAUAAAAUGCUUAGUCUCGGUGGCUAUGUACUUCUCCACGAGCUAACCCAUGUCAACAAAGUCAGCCAAGCGGCAAUCAUGCCUUUCAAACAAAAGGGAAACGUAGUGGGUAAUUAUCAGUACGGCCCUUGGUAUACAAGACAGCUGCGCUCGACUACGAAAACUUCACCGUUGGUGAUUGCAAAUGCUGAUAAUUAUGCUUGGUUCACGAAUAUAAGACCCGGGACAUAUAAUCUGGGGAAUGAGAAUAAACUGACCAUCAUGUAGGAGGUUUACUGGUCUAAUCGGUGCGGUCAUGGUUUUGCUACCCCGAGAGGCAAUAUCUUUGCCCCA